AGGGCGAGAAAGGGUUUUGCAAGAAAGAGAAAAAAUGAAAUCACGAAACAAAUAUAAUGAAAAAGGGAGAUAGCAUGUAAAAUGACAAAUGAACACCCCGUGUCUGACGUUUAUGCUUCAUCAUCGCAGUGCGUGAAAAGGCCUUUUUCAUCCAAGCUACAUGUGUCGGAUGAAAUUAUAAAAUUUGUACUAUAUUUUAUUUAUUAAUGAUAUUCGCAAUGGAUAGUCUUGUCGUAAAUAAUUAUUAUAUUUAUCAGUGGACCGGAAUCGACCAAUAUUCAGUAUUUUUUAACUAUAACCACCUGUUUUUCAUGGCCUCCUACGAUUCAUUUGACAGAAGUUCGCCCAGCUUCCAGUGCAGGGCUACAAACUGUCGCGUUAAAAUUCAAUUUGGAAAUAAUUUUGCAAAAUAUUAUUUUUUUUUAUUAUUUAUUCUUAAUGCACAUAGUUUAUAGUUUUAUUUAUAUUACUCUAGCAGAAAUAAUAUGAAAGAAAUCAAAGUUCUAAUCAUAUUUUAUUUGAAUGGUACAAUUUAAAAAUACUUCAAUCUCAAUCGAUCAAAAUAAUGCGUUCAUUUGCUUCAUUUGUCGUACGUGGGAAAUUCAUUUCUCCGCUCUCACGCAUCCGUGCCCUUUUUGGAAUACAUACACACCAGCGCAGUCAGGUAGAGCAUAAAAACCCAUAUCUAGUUUAGGCUGUGCGUGUUGUGUGCAGUAUUUUAAUUCCUUUUUAAACUAUAGCAAAGAAUCCUCCUGAAGAUCGUGCACGAUUUGGUACACAAAUGCAGCUAUGAUGUUAGAGGAACUACGGCAGUAUUACAAAAACUAUAAAAACCCUGUUAAUAUAAUAUAGAAAAUUGAAAAUUACACUUCCAAGCUGUAUAUCUGCUACCAGCCUUUACCUAAAGAAGUUCUUAAGUACAAAAAAUAACUCUUAUAGGCAGCUACACGAAAAUGAUACGAUCAUCAUACAGCUUAAAAGAAACAGUAUAAGAGUUCAACAGUGUAUUCUUCAUAUGUAGAAUCGGAUAUUGAGGUUGAACUCCAAAAUGUCGACACCACUGCACCGUGUAGUUGUUUGGGAGCAUGAAAUGUCUGAUCGGUGUUCUUGGUUGCCGUACAGUCCGUCUGUCACCCAGCUGCUGGAGCGAGCCUACACCAAGAACCUUACGCGAGUCCUACUGAAGGAUGCCGAUCCGACCUUAGCGCUGUAUGAGGUAGACUUGGUGCAGAUGGUACAAACGCAGCACGGUACGGUUAGUUUGCGCAACACCAGCGUUCGGCGAUGUCUCUACCCGCCGAAUUCACCCGCUGCGAUGGGUAUCAAAUGGGAAUGGUAUGGUGCGAAUCCGAAAAUUGCAUGGCAUCGUUAUCCGCUGGACGUACAGUCACUGAUCGAGCAAGCGUGGUCCAAAGGGGAAACGCUUCUCGACCUAAACAACACAUCGCUGAAAAAACCAUUCCUAAUAGAUUUGGCUAGUAUGAGUCAAACCAUCAGCGGAAGACGGAACCCUAUUGUCAACCCGAUUCGACGCAAAAAUCAAGCCCCGUAUCCACUGUUAAAAGUGGCAAUACCCUCAGAUACAAUCGGUUUAAUAGGUGUUGCUAACUCUGGACAGGUUCAGAACAGCGCUCAUGUAAAUUCUAGCAAUUCUCGAGCUAACAAUACUCAAAGUAAUGCGUCCGGGACACAGGUGGGAAGCUCUGGUAGUCAGCAACAUUCGGGCAAAUUGACCCAAAUCCUGAACAACAUAUUUGGAAGCAAAUCCCAUACCCAGACGAAUGAUUGCUUACAUCAGCAGCAAGAUCAACAGCAGCCACAAUCACAAGGAUCCAAGAUAAUCUCGCCACCAGCGAGUUUAAAUCAACUGCCACAAUCAAACAAUACUCAAAGAGUUCAUCAUACUUCACAACAAUCAACUCAACGCAAUCGGUACGCUUUUGCUUCCGGGCGUUCCUAUCAGCACCAAUGCAUUGGUACUGAUACGCCCGAAUCUUCGCGACUACAGCAAUCCGAACAACCGAAAUCUUCCCAACGUCAACAGUUUGGUGGAGACGGCGGUGGUAGCAGUGACGCAGCUAGUAGUCAUAAAGCGCGCCGACCGAGCGUAGACACCGUCUCGACCUACCUGAGCCAUGAAAGCCAAACGAGCAGUCGGCAUCAUCUCGACUCCUGGGAGUUCGACAUGCUGAACAGCUCGAUGGGUAGUGAUGAGGUUUUCAUGCCCAACACGUUUGGUCCAUCUGGGGACCAACAAUCGCUACGGCGCCACGCCAUUGUUGAAGACAUUGCACCUCAUCCGGACAAUCUUCUGCAACACAACAAACUGGAUGGACGAUAUCAACCUCAAACGCCUGACUCAUUUCCGGCACUUUUGUCGCUCACAAAUGACACGGCUAAUGGGUUGCAUGUAGUCGGAGUAACGCGUGAGUCGAAGGCGAUUGCGAAAUAUGUUCAGGUAGCUGAUCCACCACGUUGGCCCCGUGCCCAACCGUGUCCAAUGUGUAUGGAGGAAUUGCGCCCUGGCAGUCAGAAAGUAAAUGUGGCGUUGUCUAGAUGUAAGCAUCAGAUGCAUCUCGACUGUCUGAACCUGCUGCUGGUGAAGCAACGACGUUUAGUCACCUCACAAAAGAAUUACUACAUCGAAUGUCCGACCUGUAUGUCGGUGUAUGGGGUGAAGAUCGGCAAUCAACCACCCGGUACGAUGACCUAUCAGCUGCUGUCUGGUGGACUACCAGGCUAUCCUCCCACCGGGAUAUAUGAAAUAACUUACAAUAUCACCUCCGGUAUACAGGGACCGCUCCAUCCAAAUCCGGGUGCCGCAUUCUUUGCGGUGGGCUUUCCACGCCGAUGCUACCUACCGAAUACUCUGCUUGGUACCAAAAUUUUGUACUACCUUGAUGUGGCAUUUCGACGCGGUCUACUCUUCACCAUUGGACGCUCGGUAACAACGGGCAUUGAGGAUGUAGUGAUGUGGACUAGCAUAGAACACAAAUCACAGAUAUCGAUGUAUCCAGAUCCGCUAUAUCUUGACCGUUGUUUGCAACAACUGGUUCAUCUCGGUGUAACCGAUUGAGCUAUUCUAGUGGCGUACUAUCUUGGUCUUCAUGCUUUGGAUGCAUUCCCAAAACUGACUAUAAGAAAUUUGAAAAACAUGAUUGUCGAUAUCAGUAGAGUUAUCGUGUAAAAUCGUUAAGGGUAAUUAAAAAUCUUGUCGCUGUUGAUAGUUAAAAAACUCGUAUCCAGAGAGUUUUGUUGGAUAAUCGGCAAGUGCAAUCAGCAUUUAAUUUUACAUUUAAGAGUUUACAGAAGAAGAAGAAAUUAAUUUGAUGCGAUUUGUAUUAAAAGCAAAUUUGAAGCUUUACGCAUUAAGAUUCAUAACAUGACAGUCGAUUUUUGGAUGACUGAUUGUACAAAUAUAAUUAAGUUGAAUUGUUUUUAGUUAAUGCAAUCGUACUGGUACUGAUUGUGCGAUUAAAAGGCUCGCAAUAGUUUAACGUGGAGAUUAAUUCAAUUAUUUCAACUACAACUCAUAAUACUGUUAAAAGGCUCAUUCCUCAAACAUGUUUAUUAUAAUAUGCAUUUCAUUGUUACAAAAAAAAACAAGAGUAUUAUCCAUUGUUAUUGUCCAAUCCAUUUGAUCAGCGGAAUAUUUUUAAACUACGGUUAAAGCUGUAUUCCAACAACAUGUCCAGCGACAACUCAGUAUUCGAUAUGGAAUGAUGUGAUAACAAAACUGUGCUUCAUUCUCUCGUCCACCAGCAGCUUGUUUGAGAUUUGUUGAGCAAAUCUCUGCUUUAAGAACAUAAAAUGCCAUGUAGCGUAAUUGACAAUUAUGUAUACUAAGAGAAAUUUUACGCGUGCUUCAGGAAAGGAUCGGGACCUUCCAAAACAAUUCAUGUGACAAUACAUGCAACUUGCGUCUUCCUAGCUAAUGUUUUCGAAUAUGAUAUUAAUUUUUAAUUUAUGUUCCUUUAUAAAACAAUAUUUAAGUAACACACAAAUCGAAUUCAAAUCCGUAGUAAUGAUGUUCUGUUGCACUUUUGAACUGAAUAUCUUUCUUCCAUAUGAUCGCCACAAUUUCGAUACAUUGAGGAAAACCCGAAACGGGAAAUCGAUUGAUUGAGAAUAAGAUAAGGAGAAGUGACUGAUACGUCAAUUGAUUGAAAUUUUUAUUUGUUGGGGUCAUUUUGACUUUUUAUAGAAUACGGUUAAAAUUGAGGCAUUCAAGCCAAAACUGAGAUGAUAUUGGUUUAAGGAAUAUUGUAAUAAUAAACAAAUAAUGUAAUGUAAUUCGAAUUGUAAGAAGAAUAGCGUAACAGACAUAAUUAUAGAAUAUUAGAAACGAUCAAAUAAAUUGCGAAAUUGAUAAAUAAAACGCAUCAAGAUUCAUCGUACACUAAA